AUGAGUGGCCAAUUUUUACAGAAUAUUGCAACUCUUAAAGUUAAUGCAACGAGUGAGGAUACUUUUAAAAAAUUAAUCUUGAUGAAAUCACUAACUAAACUUGUUAUUAGAAUUGAAGAAGAAGAAGUUCAUCAUCUAAGUGAAUUGAAACAAUUAAAAAGUCUUCAUAUAUAUGGCAGUCAAAUUCGUGGUGAGGGAGUUAGAUAUAUUAGCGAAUUGAAACAAUUGACCAAUCUUGAUAUUCGUAGUCAUAAUAUUUUUCAUAUUGGAGCUAAAUACCUAAGUGAAUUGAAACAAUUAACCACUCUUAAUAUUUAUGGCAAUCAUAUUGGUGCUAAAGGAUCUAAAUAUAUAAGUGAAUUGAACCAAUUGACCACUCUAUUUAUUGCUGAAAAUAGUGUUGGUGUUGAAGGAGCAAAAUAUUUAAGUGAAUUGAAACAAUUGACCAAUCUUGGUAUUUCCGUUAAUUGGCUUGGUAAUGAAGGACUUGCAUACAGGAAUGUUGCAUUGAAUUUUGAUGAAGAUAACACUGUGAUGGAAGUGAGAGGACAUGCUUGGGGUGAAAAAUUAGAACAAACAUUCGGAAAAGGAGAGGAGAAGGAAACUUUUGAUAUCAUUCUGUUGAGUGACUUGUUGUUCAAUCAUUUUUGUCAUUCUCAAUUGUUGGACAGUUGUGAAUAUUUGUCACAUCCUAAUACUUUGAUUUAUGUCGGAUAUUCACAUCACCGACCUUGGUUGAUUAAGGAAGAUAUGAAUUUAUUUAAAUUGGCCACAGAGAGAGGAUUCAAAGUGGAAUAUGGAUUCCAGAGGAAGUAUCCACCAAUGUUUGAAAAUGAUCCAGGUGAUUAUGAAGAAAGAUCUACUGUUCAUGUUCAAAUUAUGAGACCACCAUCACACAAUUAG